AGCACUGGACCGUGUACGAAAGGAUUAUUAUGAAAUGAAAUCUUUGAAAGGUCUGACAAAUAAUGCACCUAAAAAAAUUAUAUAUAAACGAAUGAACAAACGAAAAUGGAAUCAUAGCAAAUAAAUAACAAAUGUGCGCUUAGGUAUAAAUAAAAGCUUGGUCAUUUUACAUUGAGCGGGUACUCUAACGUGUUGGGAUUGCCUUGUUCCGGGUCGUUUCCUGUUAAUAGAAGACAAGAAGAAAAGUAACGAUGUCUGACUGUGGGGAUAUGGGCGAUUGCGACUGUGAUUGCGGCGAUGGUUGCGACUGCGAUUGCGGGGACGAUUGCUGUAAAUUUGACGAUGACUGCUGUGAUUGCGGUUGCUUCAUUUGCGGCGACGACGGGUGUUGCGGGGGUAACGAUGGGUGUUGCGGGGACGAUCAUGUUCAUGGUAACGGUAAUCAUGAUAAUAUCAGUGUGGACGGCCAUAGACAUGGGGGAGGAUGUAACUGCAGCUGGUGUAUAUGUUUCCUAAUAACGGAAGAUGACGACUGUUGUGGCAGUGAAGAACGACGAAGACGAAGAAAUCAGAGGAGAUACGAAUUGGAACGCAGACGUCAGAUGGAGGUCGAAGGACAAAACCUUCCGAGUGAAACCGAUGGCGUAAACCCCGCGAAUGUGGAAACGUCACAAUUAUCAGGGACUGAGAAUAGUCCACCAGCAGCGAUAACAACACAACCACCAUCUUAUGACGAGGUUGUACAUGUGACACUAUCGUUACGUCACAGCCUGUUCAGCACGAUAUUUUGAAUAACAGGUCUAUGCACCAUGAAACUUCUUUUUGAAAUUAAGGAGGAAGAGGACUCCUCGGAUCUAAAAGUGUUCAGAAUUUCUAUUUUUAUGAAAAGAAAAAAAUGCCUGACAUGUGUUCCAAUUCAUAUUCAGUGCGACAGACAAGCCAUUUUUGUGGAAUAUCUUAGCCGAUGUGUGCUCGGUGAUGUUUCUACGGUUUUACGAGGUAUAACGCGUUAAAGUGUACAAUGUCAUGUA